AUGACGACCAAGCAGGUCCGCUGCCAGUUCCUCUGCGAGAAGCGGCAGCUUGAGUUCAAGCAUGAUAUCCCCUCGUCCCUGGUCGGGCCGGCUGCCCUCGGCAACCCUGCCAUGCCCCAGAUGUUCACCACCGUGAUGCGGCCCAUCGUCAUGGAGCACGCCGAGGCCUCGCUCAAGGCCUGCGAGGACAAGUGCUCGUCCAAGGACUGCAAGCGGGAUGCCACCACCGUCGUCGCCACGCCCAUGUCGAAUCACGGGCCCCCGGUUGACGGUCUUUUGCAGUACCUUCACAAGACCGAGGACCCCUUCGUGAUCAUCAUGACGGUCGCGUGCUGCGGCAGUGAGGGCUGCGACAAGACCCUCAAGCAGGAGGCCGCGGACCUCAUGAUGCAGAUGACAGGUGGCCUCCCGGGCCAGGCCACUGCUAGCUUCGGCGUGGCGCCCAUGGCGCGGAACUCAAAGUGCUACUGCGGCUCGGCGCACAAGUACAAGAAGUGCUGCGGCAAGGAACAGGUUGCGGCUUAG